AUGGCUUCCCAGGCAUUGAUAGCUCAGUGUAUCGGCCUCGCUGCCGGCGCGAUAGCCGUGAAGUCUAUGAUGGAUAACGAGGCUUCCAUGGCUCCUCCUAUGAACCCCUGCGCAACUUGCCACGGCACGAGAAAGAUCCCGUGCAUGUGCAACAAAUGGUCGGACGGAGAUGUGGGUUGCGGUACAUGCCACGGGUCUGGGCGGAUGCUGUGCAGCAGCUGUGGAGGCUCCGGUAAAGGACGGCCAGCUCAAGCUCGCAUCACAGUGCGGAGUUCGUCUAAAUAUUAG